UCCCUCAACUUCUCCAUCACCAGCGACUGCAAAUUCCCUAAAUUUAAUCCAAUUUCUUUUUGAAUCAUCAAUUCGACGAUGAAUACUGUGACUUCGACCCCAAUCAAGGGCACCGGAGGCAGGCGAGGCGGCGUUAGAAAGAAAUCGAUACCGAAAUCCGUGAAGGCAGGACUCCAAUUUCCAGUAGGGCGCAUCGCCCGAUUUCUGAAGAAGGGACGCUAUGCGCAGCGCAUGGGCACCGGAGCUCCGAUCUAUAUGGCUGCUGUUCUGGAAUACCUUGCCGCUGAGGUGCUAGAAUUGGCUGGAAACGCGGCGAGGGACAACAAGAAGAGCAGGAUUGUGCCGAGACAUGUGCAGUUGGCUGUGAGAAAUGAUGAUGAAUUAGGGAAACUGCUUAGUGGCGUAACUAUUGCCAAUGGUGGAGUGCUGCCCAAUAUCAAUCCGGUGCUUUUGCCCAAGAAGUCUAACGCUGCUUCAGAGGAGAAACCCCCUAAAACCAAAUCACCAAAGAAGGCCUAAUUAUUUUAUGUUGUUACGCUAUCUUUUUUUCCUAGAUAUAUUAGGUAGGAAUAGUCUAUGAAAGUAAAUUAAAUAAUAUGAAGUACUACGAUCUUGUGUUAUCAUUUCA